AUGGAUUCCCGCCCCGCGACCACGGAGCCGUCUAACAAACGGCCUCGAUCGCCUACAACCGACCAGCAACCGCAAUCCAAAGUACCUAAGACACAACCCAACCACCUACAAAUCAACUACCUCGCGCGCCAAUGCCCCGAAAACCUCCCCCUCGUCUCCGCCGAUGAUAGUAUGCCCUCGAUCAUCCAUUUGAUCGGAGAAUAUGACGGAGUCCUCCAACGCCAUGAGAGUAUCGCCGGCAACCUGGGCGCAUGUCCGCUGGGUCCUAUCCUGAUCAAGCGCUUUGAGCGACUGUUCGAUGCGCCCCCGCAGGUGGUCAAGCAGCAUGGUAAGGAUGGACCGACAGUGACUUGGUUGGAUGUUGUCGAAUUCGCCAAAGAUAAGCCGGAUCAGUUCGUCCUGGAGAAGUCGCGUAACGGUGGACGCAUCUGCCAGUUCUACACCAAACAGUGCCGAGUGGAGAUCAGUGAGGAGGACUUUGUGCUGAUCGCAUCGGGCAUGCCUCAAAAGAUGAUCCCCCCACAGCCAAUCAUUGAGGAUGAGGAGAAGGAGUUGGGCGCACUUGAAAUACUGGAGAAAAAUCUCCAGCAGAUUACCCAGAUGGCCGAUCAAGCCGCUGCCCGAGCUCGCCAGCUCAGUUAUCGCCUGAAGAACCGCCGCACCGCGAUCGUUAGUCGUCGACAGAACGACGCGACUUUGCAGUCGCGUACUGGAGAGCCAUGGCGCGAACAUAAUGGCCAUUCAUCCCAAGUUUCGCCAUCGGGCUUUGUUGCUGUCAACACAGCUCGAGCUGAGGCCGAGGCCGCCGAAGACAAUACGCUGUCAGCACAAUUCCCCUUCUCACACUCCAACACUGAUAAUGUCACCAUCAUCAAUGGAACCUCCAUCAAAGGCGCAUCCCCCACAACCCGCGCCGAGCUGAUGAAGAAAUUCUUUACUACAGCCGAUCGCCAAGCGCGUGGUUACGAUGACGCUUCAGCGCCCGUCAAUCCUCUGCCUCGACCUCGACCUCAAACGUCGGAAGCCCCCACAGAGUUCAGUAAUGUCUAUACCAAUGCCUCGAGCCCAGCGGUACCUAUUCCCAGUACCCCAUCCUCUCUGCUACCGCCACCUAAAACCACUCCUCAGGACAAAGACGACGGCGGUCCGUACAAGCUGGAGAUGGUAGCCCGCAUGGAAGAGAUGGGCCGCGGCGAGCGAAUAACGCCACCCUGCGAUCGAUGCCGUCGCCUCCACAUGGACUGCCUGAAGAACCUGACCGCCUGCGUAGGCUGCACAAAAAAGCAUGCUAAGUGCUCCUGGCGAGACGUGAAGGAGGAGGAAAUACGCACAGCCUGGGCACCAUCCACCGGCCCACGAGAUCGAAUGAUGGAUGACCCCCACCGUACCUACAAUCUACCUCCCCAGCGUCCAUCCCCGGUUCCUCGGGCGUCUGCCGAGCGUCCCACGGGUCCUUAUGAUACCGCGUAUGCUCACCAUAACCGCCGCGAAUCUGCGCCGAGCGUUCCUCAAAAUGCCCCAGCCUCGGCAGGUCCAAUAAAACUACCCUCUUCGGAAAACUCUCCUCGCAGGGCCGUGAGCGAGACAGAAAGUAGCGGCCGGACGCAUCAUGGACCGCCGCCUCGGCAUGCGAAUGAAGAGGACCCAGAUGCGCAACAGCGGCUGAUGCAGGCUAUCAUGGAUACCGUCGAUCACCAUGCGCGUGUUGCGGCUGCUGUGGAGGAGAAAGAACGGGGUGUAGACCGACAUCCGGAUCGUGGAGACGGUCCUUAUGACCAGAGUAUGGACCGAGAGCGCGGAGAUCGGGAUCGGGAUCAUGACCGAGACCGAGAAAGGCGGAUUCUGCAAAUUUAA